AUGGCAGCGCAACUCAUCAUGCCCACGCUGCCUGGAGAUCAGCCGCAGUCGCGGCACUUCCUCCCCAACCAGCACCACCGGCCUCAGCACGCGCGCUCCCACUCUUAUCAAGUUCCCCAGGGACCUCAAAUCUCUCCCCUCGACACCUCCGCCAUGCCUCAGCACCAGCCCUACUCUACGCCGCCUUCUCCCAAGGGCGGGAGCCAGCACUUCCGUCAAGGUGGUCAACCCAUGUACAUGCCCGCCGUCCUACGACCCUGCCACGAGUUUACGUCCCGCAAGGUGACGAGAUGCAAGACGGCCGGCUCUACCUCCUCAACCGACUCGGACUCGACGCUGCGUCGCUCCAAUACCGCCAUCAUGAGUAUUCCGGGCUUGUCUCUCCUUGGCCAGCGAUUGUCGCGGCGCUCGACUGAUGAGCCCAGCAAGACGCUGGAUGGAGAGUGGAAACUCGAUGCGUUCCCCGAGGUGACGGGACUGCCCUCGCGCAUGCAUUGGAAGCCCGAUACUGAAUCCACCGUCUGCGACGACCCGACCUGCAAGCGCACCUUCAACUACUUUGUCCGCCGCCACCACUGCCGCAAAUGCGGCAACAUCUUCUGCGACUGGCACUCCAGCGCUGUCCUGCCCCUGGACCAAAACGGCAGCUUCAACCCUCGCGCCGGUCCCUCGCGAACCUGCAAUCACUGCUUCCAAGAGGUCAAGGCUCUCGUCCACACCAGAAACAACAGCCAGUCUUCCAGCUCCACAGCCUCAGAUGCCAUGCCUCCGACGCCCAUCAACGCCCCGACAGCACCGGGUGUAACGCCCCCCCACAAGGCCGAAGUGGCAGCCAGCGUUCCUCGCGACUGGAACUGGAGUACUUUUUGA